CUUCAUUACGCUUAAAAACACACAGCUUGAUGUAGGCUGAUGUUAACAAGGAGACUAUUGGUUAUCUCUGAUCCCCUGAAACCCGGCGGCAUAAUUAAUCUGUAAACUGCACUUCGGAAGUUUUUUCUUUCUUUCCGUGAGACCUGAAGGGCUGAUAUUAAGGAAACACACACAAAAAAAAAGACAAUGGUGACGGAGAGAAGUAUCCUAUGGAAAGGAGUCAUUUUGAUUAUUUUUUAGAUUAGUCAAACUUUGCACUCGGACGCAUUUCGUUUGAAUCUGAUGCUCUGAAAGGACUGGCUGUAAAGCAGACACGGUUUUCACUUUGCUUCAACACUGUGUGUUAUCGGGGUUUUGCCUCCUUUUGUGUCCCGCACUUCUCCGAGCGCGCGCGCGAGACCCGGACAUUUUCCUUACCUCCUCGAGGUGAACCAUAGCCCGGGAUUACCAAAAAAAAAAAAAACUUUUUUAUUCCCUAUUCAAAUUGAAUCACUUCCUUAUUUCUUUCUGUGACACUCCACCAUCCAGCCUUCCUUUUGGAUUGUAAAUAAAGAAGGCAGCGAAAAGAAACACAAACUGGUCGCAGUGCAGCUGCGCUUUUCCAAAGGGGGGAAAAAACAUGGAUGUACGAUUUUAUCCGUCCUCAGGGGGGACUUCCAUUCCGGGAGAUCCACAGAACAUGGAUUUCUCCCAUUGCUCUGGCUACUACAGCUACAACAAGUUUGGAAACAACAAUAACUACAUGAACAUGGCUGACGCAAACGGGUCUCUGCUCGCCGGUGGAGAUACAUUUCACACUCCAAGUUUGGGAGAUGAAGAGUUUGAGAUCCCUCCCAUCACUCCUCCUCCGGAGACCGAGUCCGGUCUGGGACUCCAUGAUGGGGGCUCAUCAUUCCCCGGGCUUCCUGAACAUCCCAACCCUCAGCGAGCACAUUUCACCCCACAGUUCCCACCUCAGAGUCUGGAUCUGCCUUCCAUAACCAUCUCCAGGAACAUGAUGGAGCAGGAUGGAGUGGGCAUCAAUAAUGGCCUCCCUGUGGGUAUUUCACAGUCUCAGCUGCGUCAGUACCCGCCAAACCCCACCAUGGUCAUGCGCUCCAUCAUCAACAUGAACAACCCCAAUGCGAUGAUGUCACGCAACCAGCUGACCACCAUCAACCAAUCGCAGCUGAGCGCCCAGCUCGGCCUCAACAUGACCGGACCGAACAUCACCCACACGUCCCCGUCUCCGCCGGCCAGCAAGUCGGCUACGCCAUCUCCAUCCAGCUCCAUUAACGAGGACGAUCAGGAGGAUGGGAGCAAGAUCGGUGAAAAGCGUCCAGCUCCAGAUGCCGGAAAAAAGCCCAAGACACCCAAGAAAAAGAAGAAGAAAGACCCAAACGAGCCCCAGAAGCCCGUCUCGGCCUACGCACUGUUUUUUCGAGACACUCAGGCGGCCAUUAAGGGUCAGAACCCCAACGCUACCUUUGGGGAAGUUUCCAAGAUCGUGGCAUCCAUGUGGGACGGUCUGGGAGAGGAACAGAAACAGGUUUACAAAAGCAAAACCGAGGCGGCUAAGAAAGAGUAUCUAAAAGCUCUCGCUGCUUAUCGUGCCAGUCUGGUGUCAAAGGCUGCAGCGGAAUCUGCCGAAGCUCAAACUAUUCGUUCAGUGCAGCAGACCCUGGCGUCCACCAGCCUCUCCCCCGGCCUGGCUUUGCCGUCUCCACUCUCCUCGCCUCUGUCCCAGCACCCGCCCAUGCCCUCAGCCUCCCAGGCCCUGCAGCAAGCCCUUCCUCGAGCAAUCGCCCCCAAACCGCUCCAGAUGCGUGUCGGAAACAGCCACGUGGUCACUUCGGUCACUGUGGCGCACCAAAACAUGGCGCCCGGCAUGCCGUCUCAAAUGCUGGGCCAGAUGUCGUCGUCUCAGAUGAGCCCGCCUAUGCACGCGGCCAUGCAGCAGCAGCAUUUGCAGCACCACCAGAUGCAGCAGCAGCAGAUGCACCACCAGCAGAUUCAGCAGCAGAUGCAGCACCAGCAUUUCCAGCAUCACCUGCAGCAGCAGCUUCAGCAGCAUCACAUGCAGCAGCAGCAGCAGCAGCAACAACAACAGCAGCAGCAGCAGCAGCAGCAGCAAAUGCAACAGCAUCAGCAUCCACAUCAACAUCAGCAUCAGCACAUGCAAAUGCAGCACAUGCAGAUGCAACAGAUGCAUCAGAUGCAUCAGCAGCAGUCGCAUUCGCAUUCGCCCGUCCAGCACUCGCCUGGAACGCCUCAUUCGGCGUCACUCGGAAGUCCGCAACCACCGCCUCCGCCGCCUCAGAUCCAAGUCCUCUCACAAGUCAGCAUCUACUAACUACACAAAAUUUUUUUUUUUUUUUCCUGCAUUCUCAACUCGGAGAGAGAAGACAUAAAAAAGGCAGCGUUUCAAAGUUGCUUUUUUUUUUUGAAGUUGCACUUAAGAAGUGUGUAAGAAUAACAUAAGAAUGUUACAAAGAACUGUCCUUUGUUCUAGAUGGAUAUGCGGACACGUGUAUAAAAAGAAGAAAGAAACGGAGCCGAAGGCUAUUGCCCCGAUUUUGUCUAUAAAAUAGGCAGAGCUACGAAGGGUCUGAGUGCCUGAUUUUUUUUUCUUUCUUUCUUUCUUUCUUUCUUUCUUUCUUUCUUUCUUUCUUUCUUUCUUUCUUGUGUGUGCUUUUCUUUUUCUUUCUUCUUCUUUUUUUCUUUAAUCUCUAUCUUUGAGAAAGUUUCUGGGCACAUCGAUGGCAGAGGGACAGUCUGGGUCAGGCUUUUUUUUUAUAUAUAUAUAGAAAAGCUUUAUAUACUUGGCCAACAUUGGUGGUAAAACUACGGAAGCUCUAAACAGAAAGAUACUGACAGCUUUCGACUUGACAACACGGAGGACGACGGAUACAAAACGGAAGUAUUGUCGAACCGUAAAAGACGGGAAGGUGCAGGCGGGGCUUAUAACACACACACACACACACACACUGCGGAGGAGAUCAACUGCUCUCUGGACAGUUAUAUCAAUAAACAUCAAUAAAUUCCUUUUUUCUUCUUCUUUUUCUCCUACCUACGUUACGUUUUCUGUAAAAGAACCUCGAGGGAGGAACCACGCUUUUCUCCGCAUCUCUGGAGAGGCCUGAAAUGAGAAGAACUUACUUUUAUUGCUGCCAGCGAGCAGUUUUUUGGGGUUUUUUUUCUGUCAACAAGACUCAAAACUGAAAACUCCUGAUAUCCUGCUGCACAUGAGCUGAGGAAACUUUUCCUUUGAGAGAGAAAGAAGAAAAGAAAAGAAAAAAAAACACAACUCUGGCUCAAAUGUGUGUAUAAAUAGCACUCCAAAAAAAAAAAGAAAAAAAUUCUAUGUAUUUGUCUUUACCUCAAAAAUUUAAAUUAAGUUUCUGUUAAGUUUGUAUUCAUUUUUGUGUAAUAAAAGUGCAUAUUUUAAGGAUAUUUUAAGGAGAAAUUGCAAAAAAAAAAAAAAAAGAAAAAAAGUCAAGGACUCACGCCAGUGUUUUAACGAUCCGUGUAUUUUUACACUGUUCCUUGAUAGCAAUUUAAGUGAAGGGUGGAACUGAGUCCUAGCAGAAGCUUCAAAAAUAGUUGGGGAAAGAAAAUGAAAGUAUUUUCUGCCAGCUGUAUAAAAAAAAAAGAAAAAGAAAAGAAAAACACGGUGAUGGCGACAUAAAGGAAAGUGUACAUUUUUCCAUAAUCACCAUGUUCCAGUUUAAUACAGAAGGCUUUAAAUUCUGUUGAUAAACUGACCUGUGGAUUGCAAACGUCACGUAGUGCGUCUCCUUUUUUUAAUUUUUUUUUUAUUUUUAUUUUUAAAUGAUUUCUAAUGGCAGCAGUUUUUUUUUCGUUGCUUCUAAAUCAAAAUCAACUGCUUUAAAAAAAAUAAAUAAAAUAAAAUUAAAAAAUAGAAUAAAGACAUUUCUCAUAGACUCACCUGGCUUUCGCACCGUUACUAGGACUAUACGUUUUACAAGGUUGGGUUGUUUUUGUUUGUUUUUUUUUGUUGUUUUUUUUUUUUUUCCUUCUUGUUUUUAUUUUAACGUAAAGAAAAUGAAUCACAUUCCAUCAUUAACAUGUCACACUAGCCCUCGUUUUUUUUGUAUGACGUGUUCCAUUGUUUGCAAUUCAAAUAACAAUCACAAAUAUUUAUUUGAGAGAAAGUUCGAUUCAUUUCAAAGAUUAUAUUAGCCAUACUUUUGUAUGAUAUAUUUCCUCAAUGUCUCCUUGUUAGUUAUUAAAGACUAAAAAAUAAAAAAAUUAAAAUAAAGACAUCCUUACGUCAAGCUUUCCGCUCUUC